UUAUACAGCCAUAGAUUAUUUGAAUGCUGAGCUUUCCCAAGCUAUCCCGGCGGCCAGCAUGGUUAUCUAGUAAUAUUACAUUUGUGGAAAAAAUAUAUAUAUCGAUAUAUCGUUGUUUUUUUUUGGGGGGGGGGGGGGAAUAUCAGCAAUUAUCGAUAUUGUCAAAAUCGAUAUAUCGCUAUAUCGAUCAUCAGUUUUCGCAUUCCUAAAAUGCCAUUGACGGCCUUGGAAGAAUAGACUGACAGCUAAAUGGUGAGUGAGGCGACGGUCGUCGGGUCCGAUGUAUGCUUGUGCGGAGGGAAAAUCAGCAAUCAUGUUUCGAUCGCUACUCAUAUCAUAUUAUUAUUCAUUGAUAUGUAGGUAGCGCUUCGACACUCAUUUAUAAUCUCCUUGCAUACGCCCAUCCAAAACCAUUUAACCACGUGUGUUGAGCGUCUCGAUGGCUUGGCACACUAUCAGUCAAUUGUAUCUUAGUUUGUUGUCUGUGUUUUGUAUUAUACGGCUUUCUUGUUUUUAUCGAUUCCAUACGCCAUAUUCCAUCAUUCGGCAUUCACUGACUAGUGACUACUGACAGUACUCUACAACACUUUGAAUGGUAAGUAAUCUGAAACUUCGAAUGUUUUUGGUGUGUUAUAAUUUGUUAUAAUAUUCUAUUUUACAGCGCUGUCGCUGUUUGGCUGCUGUUCCAAUCGCGUUUGUCCACCACCUAAUCUAACUUUUACUAUAUGAUAAUUGCAUACCAUCUGUAUUGUAGUAAGUUGUGCAUUGACAAUUAGUAAACCUAGUGAUGGUUUAAAUCAAUUACAAUACGUUAUUUAUUGAACGUUUAUCAUUUGUAUUAUAGACCGUCGGCCAUCGUUGAAUCUAAAGCCAUGGAGGAUGAGCUUGAGCGUGAUUACACUCCUGACUAUAUCCGUCAGAUGGUUUCUAGACUACAAUUAAAAGAACUGCAUAGGAUCUUAAUGAGUAUUGAUCACGAUGUAUGGGGUAGCCAAGACGAUUUACGUCGUCGUAUUAUGGACUCGUUAUCUUUUCGUGUAACAAGUUCACAAACUUUGGAACAAACAAUUAUUCAAGUAUAUAAACAAGCAAAAAUUCAAGAACCACUACUGCAGUCGCCGAAUGUACAGUCACGUAAUAAUUUUCCUCAUCAUCAACUUCUGUCACACAGCAAAGUUAGUACAUCUUUUCAAGAUAAAAGAGAAAUAGAUUAUCCUCGUAGCUUACCAUUCUAUGAAAUUAAAAAGACAUUAAUAGAACCAUUUUGCCACAAGGGUAAAAGUGAUCUUAUAGUCAAUGUAUUAAAUGUCAAUUUUGUAUAUCAUUAUCCUAAAAAAUAUAUUGGUGAUUCGUACGAUUUUAAUAAAAAAGAACAUAAAAUUCAAAUAAUUUUAAGAAUAGAGCCUGUUACAUUACAUGAUGAAGUAUAUUUACCUUGCGAUCUUAAAGUUGUCUUAAAUAAUAAGGAAUGUGUGUUACCUCAUUAUACUUUGUCGAAAAUAAAAGCCAAUGAAAGACAAAGGCGAAUCAGUGUCCCUAUAAAUUUAAAUAAAUAUAUAAAGUUUAAUUGCCGUGCAGAGAACAAAUUAACAGUUACAUGUUCAGAUCCAGACACUUAUAUAGUUGGUGUUUUUUUGGCCGAAAAAUUAACUUGUGAAGAACAAAUUGAAAAACUUAGAAAAAGACCUUUUCGUACCAUUGAAACCUCUAAAGAGUUUAUCAAGAAUUUGAUGGACAAAAAAGCUGAUAUUAUUGUAGACUCCAUGGUGGUUGUUACUAUAAAAGAUCCAUUAACUAAAACCAGAAUGACAUUACCUGCUCGAGGAGUAGAAUGUAUACAUAUACAGUGUUUUGAUGCAAUGGAAUUCUUAAAGAUGAAUGAAAAUACGCAAACAUGGAAAUGUCCAAUAUGUAGGGGCAAAGUAAGAUUUGAAAACAUUGAAAUUGAUGGAUAUUUUUUAAAUAUAAUUCAAAGUUCAAUUUUAAGCGAAAAAUGUGAAAAAAUUUUUUUUUUUGAAGAUGGUAUAUGGGUUGAAGAAAACCCUUAUAAUAAUAACAAUUCUGAUGAUGAAGAGAAUCAUCUAAAACUAAAACGUUUAAAAUACAACUCAGGAAAAGAAUUUUGUGAAAAUUAUAAUGCAAUUAUAAAUCCAACAUUCAACAAUAACAAAUUAUAAAAUUUCUACUGAAAGUGACUUUGUUGAGAAUAAUUUAACAGCUCUAACCAAUUCAAUUAAUAUGUUAAAUGAAAAACCUGGACUAUCAUCAUCAAUCGAGUCAUCGUCUACUGGUAUGUUGAAUAAUUUUAACCUUCCAAAUAUUACAACCUCGAAGGCCAAUAUUAACGAAAAUAAAGCAAGUAUUUCUGUUGCUAGUAAUAAUAAUAAAAGUCAAGAAAAAUUUAA